AUGAAAUGGCAAGAGAGGGUUUGGAGGGAAAAUGAUAGACGACUUGGUGGAUGGGUUAUUGGAGAGUUAGCAGUCGACACCGGAGGAGCCACCGCUGUCAUUUCAGGUUUAGGUGCUGUCCGUUCAGCAACUCGAACAAUAAAAUGCUUGGACGCAAAGUAA